ACACAGCCCGAACGUGUCUGCGUGUAUUCAUCAAUGGAAUCAGAGGUAUGGACAGCCCAGUCACAUUCGUAUCGAUGGUGGUGGAGAAUAUGUCCAUGCUACAGAAUUCCAAAAUCGAAAGAUGGGUGCAAACAGAGGCAGUGUGUUGAUUGGUGCCUCUGUCCAUAACCAACGAGUGGAAAGACUUUGGAGGGAUGUUUUUACCAAAGUCUUUCCGAGGACACAGAUUCCGUCAUCGCAAUAGUUUACGUUGAUGUCAAUGAGUAUCCUCACGACUCCAAUUUGACCAUUUCCAUCCUGCUUGAUGUGCUGCUAAUGCACCACCGCAUCUUUAAACCCAAACUCCAUCUACAAAUGGACAAUUGUUGGAGGGAGAACAAGAAUCGCUACAUUCUUUCAUUCUUGUUCUUCCUUGUGCAUAUAGAUGUUUUUGAAGAGGUAUCUCUGAACUUCUUACCAGUUGGUCAUACGCAUGAGGAUGUUGAUCAGAUGUUCAGAUGUAUCAAUACAGCCAUUUCUUCCUGCGGCAAUAUCAAUACUCUGGAUGAAUUCAUGGAUAGACUAACGGACAAAGACACAUUCUCGCCUAAGAUUGAAGUACAUAAUGUACAAAGUGUGUUCAACUGGCGUGACCACAUAAUUCCAUUCUUGCCAAUCCAAGCCACACCAGUUCCAAUUCAGGAAAGUAGAUGGGCAGGCAAGGAUGCGCUAUCGCCUGUGGGCUGAUGACCCGUGGAGCCCUGAGGGACCAGGCAUGACAUGCCUUGAGGCUUCCCAGAUUUAGCUGACGAACCAGCAGUGGUUGAACCCAGCACCGAGUGGAUGGAGCUGGACGAGGUCCGCAAAGGCGUCAAGGCUCUCGGGCCAAGACUGGUGUCCCGAGAUCACCAGUGGUGGGACCGCUACUUCCUAGCACUGGAAAAUCCUAACGUCAAUGACAAGGAAUGGCCGCUGCCCAAAAUCAGCCAAACGAUCGGCUUUUGGGAAAUUGAUGAAGAUAUGACAGACGUACCGCAGCAUCUGUUGGAGAUCAGAUCCGGCCUCACACAACAAUGCCCAGCGGUGAUCAUUGGUAAUCAAGGACAAAUGCCGGCAAUUCAAGAGGUAGAUCGAACAAAAAUUGAGAUUGGUGAUCUGGCGGCAAUAUACACCGUGGAAAAGGAGGGUAGACCAUGGAUCGCCAAGGUGAUUGAUAUCAAUGAGGACACGAUCAAGAUUCAUUGGUUCCAUGGGUCUUGGAAUGGAGUUUGCCGGCCAUGGUACAACAACAUCAGCAAAAAGCAAGUACCACGGCUGGAUGAAGUUCAUGUGACGAGUGUUGUUCUGUGGGGGUUUAGAUUGACAGAGAAGGGUGCUUGUUUGACUAGGACUGUGGCCAGAGAGUUGAAAGACAGGUACGAUCAAAUAGAUAGUGAGGAGACAUCUUCCUCUCUUUCAUAAAUGACCAAACCACCCUGGCUAAUAAGGGGUGGUCCAUAAUUUUCAACAUUUUCACAAGCGUACAAUACGUACGGGGGAGGGAGGGGGUCAAAACACCAAUGUACACUUUCUUUAAGAAAUUAAUAAAAUGUUGAUCAUCUGUAUUGUACGAAUCGCGGGACGCAUUUAAAUUUCGCGCGCUGCUCACACGGUUAGCUCUGC